GUUGACCCUCCAGCCGGGGAGGAGGAUGAGCAGGAGGGUGGCUAUCCGGGAGGGCCCUUUGACACUUCCGUGCUGAUUCACUACCACGAUCACGUCGCUCGGCGGAUCUGGGAGGGAGAGGAGAGAGAGCCGCUGAAAAUGGUCAACCACGCCCGCAAGAUUUUCGGUCUGUUUAAACCAGCAGCUGAGUGGUUUAACGACCAUGUGCGAGGUUCAGGGCUCAGCGGGCUCUGCAUGACGGGGUACACCACGAUCAGCACCGGCAUGCAGGGGGCAUUUGUGGAGCGCUGGCACAAGGAGACGUCCUCUUUCCACUUGCCGGUUGGGGAGAUGACGAUCACCUUGCACGACGUGCAGUGUCUUCUCCACCUGCCGAUUAGGGGGCCGCUGUUGACCCACUCCAAGAUCCAGAGGGUGGAGGCCAUUGAGUGGAUGAUGCUCUACUUGGGCAUGGAGCACGAGGUUGCUCACUAUGAGUGCGUCACGACUUCUGGGCCUCAUGUCCGGUUCACCACACUGAGCACUUAUUUUGAGCACCACCUGGACGCGGCUGCCGAGGCUGAGGGUGUGGGUAACGAGCUGUUCACAGAGUAUCACCGCGGCUGCGCUCUCCGGUGCUGGUACAUGCUGGUUGGCAUGCGGGACCAGCAUCAUGGUCUGGUAUCUCCCUGA